AUGGCUUGCCUUGGGCUCCGGAGGCACCAGGCUUGGCUGCAGCUGUUUCCCAAGACCUGGCCCUGCUCUGCCCUCUUUUCUCUUCUCUUCCUGCCUGCCUUCUGUAAAGCGAUGCACGUGGCCCAGCCUGCAGUGGUGCUGGCCAGCAGCCGGGGUGUUGCCAGCUUUGAGUGUGAGUAUGACUCUUUGCACGAUGCCAAUGAGGUCCGGGUGACUGUGCUGCGGCAGGCAGCCAGCCAGACCACUGAAGUCUGUGCGGCAACCUACAUGGCAGAGAGGGAGCUGUCUUUCUUAGAAGACUCUGCCUGCACUGGUACCUCCAGCGGGAGCAAAGUGAACCUCACCAUCCAAGGGCUGCGGGCUGUGGACACCGGGCUCUACAUCUGCAAAGUGGAGCUCAUGUACCCACCACCAUACUUCGUGGGCAUGGGCAACGGGACCCAGAUUUAUGUCAUUGACCCAGAACCAUGCCCAGAUUCUGACUUCCUCCUCUGGAUCCUUGCAGCAGUCAGUUCAGGGCUGUUUUUUUACAGCUUCCUCAUCACAGCUAUUUCUUUGAGCAAAAUGCUAAAGAAAAGAAGCCCUCUUACAACAGGGGUUUAUGUGAAAAUGCCCCCAACAGAGCCUGAAUGUGAAAAGCAAUUCCAGCCUUAUUUUAUUCCUAUCAAUUGA